GGCUACGACGGUUAGCGGAGACGGAGAUUGAGGGUCCUCGAAGUGGGGAAUGGAGGGAUGAAAUCCAGACAUUUACAUUCAUUUGUUCAUUAUUUACUGAAAACCUACAAUGGACAAACUCACUUAACAUCAAGUAUACAGCAGUAUAUGAACCUCCCUUAAGAAAUAUACAGCCAACUCAAGGGACAGGCUGCUGAGAUGAGUCUGAACCAGGCUGCCAAGAGCUUUCUCGCUUUAAGCCAACAGCAAGAAUUAGAUGACCUGUCAAAUGAUGACCCCUUGAGUGCCAGUGAAGAUGAGAAUAGUGAUGAAGAAAGAAAGCACCAGAAGCUUCUGGAAGCAAUCAGAACCCUUGAUGGGAAGACAAGGCCGAAUUUGGUCCAGAGAUCUGAGGCUAGUCUGGAGGUAUCAGAGUUCAAUAUCAGUUCUAAUGGGUCAGGAGAAAAACUAGUUAUUUCUGAUCUACUUGACCCCACUAAAAUGUCACCCUCACUGGCUAAUGUUAAAAAGCAACUCAAGAGAGUCAAAUCAAAAAAGAUAGUUGAGUUACCCCUUAACAAAGAAGAACUUGAACAAAUCCACAGAGAAGUGACAUUCAAUAAAACCACCCAAGCCCUUUCCAAAUGGGAUCCCAUUGUUCUGAAGAACAGGCAAGCAGAGCAGCUGGUUUUUCCCAUGAAUAAGGAGCCAUCAGCCUUUGCUCCUAUUGAACAUGUGCUCAGUGGCUGGAAAGCAAAAACUCCACUGGAGCAAGAACUUUUUAAUCUGCUACAUAAGAAGAAGCAACCAGUAACAGAUCUUUUACUAACUCCCAAGGAAAAGGCCUCUCUCAAAGCCAUGAGCCUGGAAGAGGCUAAGAUGUACAGAGCAGAGCUUCAGAGGGCCCGGGCUCUGCAGUCCUAUUACGAGGCCAGGGCUCGAAGAGAAAAAAAAAUCAGAAGCAAAAAACACCAUAAAAUGCUGAAGAAAGGAAAGGGUAGGAAAACCCUGAACGAGAUUGAGAUGUUAUCAAAAGUCAGUCCUUCAGCAGCAUUGGAAGAACUGGAAAAAAUCAAAACAGCCAGAAUAAUGGAGCGGAUGAACCUUAAGCACCAAAGUAGUGGGAAGUGGGCAAAGUCAAAAAAAAUCGUGGCCAAAUUUGACGUGGAAGUUCGCCAGGCUAUGCAGGUGCAGUUGGCCAAGAACAAAGAAUUGGCACAGAAAUUCCAGGUAGCCUCGGAGAAUGAGGAAGUAGAGGAAGGCAGUGUGGAGGAAGCAGGUGAACACCUUUUUCCUGAUGCAGCGAAUGAGGUACAGACGAAUGAAGUGGAUCAGAACCCCUGGAUACUUGGGAGACCAAUGGGUGAUGCAUACGAGAAUGAAAUCCAGAAGGACCCUAAACAGCUUUUAAAGCCUUUGGUACAGGAGGCCUCUGAGAAAGAGAAAGAAGAAAGACCAGUGGCAGAAGAAGAAAUUUCACCGCAAGGAUCUAAAGAAACGCAAUUUUUCUGGCAAAAGUCUAGGCCUAACCAGGACAACGAACCAGUGGGCAUUCAAGAAGCAAAGUAUUCUAGCUGCCAGGAGGUACUGUGUGUAUUGAGGGCAGAGUCUCAGAAACUAAGCAUGGAAAAUGAUUCCAGAAAGCAAAAAGUGAGUUUAGGGAAGACAGUUGUACUGGUUCAGAGUGAGUCACUAAUCGAGAAAGAAGAGGAACCUCUAUUGCUCCAGAGUUUGGAGAGAGCACAGACUCAAGAAGAACUAGAUGUACUGGGUAAAGAGAGGUGUUGUCAAAAUAAGGAGCUUCCCAGGUCGGAGUCAAAAGGGCAGCAGUUAAAGAGGAAGCCAAGAAAUCAUCCUGAUGCACCUAAGAAGAAAACUAAGGAACAAAUGAUUAAUCUGCAGAACCUCCUAACUACAAAAUCUCCUUCUGUGAAGUCUUUGGCUGUUCCCACAAUAGAAGAAUUGGAAGAUGAAAAAGAGAGAGCCCAAAAGCAGGUGGUAAAGGAAGCUUUUGCCGGGGAUGACGUCAUUAGAGACUUCCUGAAAGAGAAGAGAGAAGCUGUGGAGACAAGUAAGCCAAAGGACUUGGACCUGAUUCUGCCUGGCUGGGGUGAGUGGGAUGGUGCAGGCCUAAAGCCCAGUGCCAAGAAGAGACGUCGGUUUCACAUUAAAGUCCAUGAAGGUCCUCCAAGGAAAGACAAAAAUUUAGCAAAUGUGAUUAUCACUGAGAAGCGAAACAUCCAUAUGGCAGCUCAUCAGGUACAGAUGCUCCCACACCCGUUCACCCACUAUCAGCAAUUUGAAAGAACCAUCCAGACCCCUAUAGGAUCUACAUGGAACACCCCGAGAGCCUUCCAAAAGCUGAUUAUACCCAAGGUCGUCACCAAGCUAGGCCAUGUCAUCAAGCCCAUAAAAGCAGAGGACGUGGGAUACCGGUCUUCCUCGAGGUUAGACCUCUCUGUUGUACAGAGUAAGACAGUAGGACUUAGCUUGUGCCACAAAAAACAAAUGAAGAAAAAAUCUAUAUAUUAAAUACAUUAAAUAGCUUGAGGAAUGAUAUCUUCAUGCUGGAACAACUAAGCAAGUUGUGCUAAUUGGGGGUCAUUGCAGUGCUCACCAGAAGUUACACUUCCUGGCCAUGACAUUUGCAAAUCUAUUUUUUUAAGUUAUGAUAAUCAGUAUUAUGCUCCUUUUGUGGAGUUGGCAUACCUGGCAGCAGUACCCUCUGCUAUUGCUUGCUGCAAUGCCAGGUUACAGAUAAUAGAGCUGCCAGAAUUACACUCAACAUUUUGAGCACCAGGGAACUGAACUCGACCACAUAUUUGCAGAGUAGGUGCUCUAAGCCAUGUUAUUCCUUCAGGCCCUCAAGUGGACUGCACAGCUUUUAGUCGUGCACUUAUUAUUGGCAUGCUCUACAAUUUUAUGUGAUCCUUGAAUUGUAUAUCUUACAUAAUUCAAGAAAUGUAUAGUUUGGAAAUUGUGUUUUAAGUUUUGCGACAGCUUUUGUAAUACCUUGAAUAUUUUUAGUCCUAGGCAUCAAACUCAGUUCCUCACACAUGGGUAGGCAAGCACCCUACUGCUGUGCUAUGUAUCUGGUCUGAUGUUUUGAAAUUUUAAGCUUCUUAAUUGGAGAAAUUUACCAUAAUUAAUUUUUUUAAAUAAGCAUAAAUGUUUAUAUCCUCAAGCAAAGACUCAGUGUCAAGCUUUGUUAUGGAAAUUAUUAAAGACACCAUGUUUAGGCACAGGAAUAGUUCAGAGGUCUAAAAUGUCUGCCAGUGUAUGAUCUUGAGUUUUUGGUGUGCUGGGCAUGAUCCUGGCUCCACUGCUUUUUGAGCCUGUCGGCUGUGCUGUGCCUAAAUAAUAGGUAAUUUUGACUGCACCAUAGGAACACAUACACGACUAAAAGCUGUGCAGGUACCAUAAAUCAGGAAUUGUGACUAACAUAAGACCCCAAGCACACACUAAAACAGUAUUGUGUGAACAUGACUAAAAAAUGCCUACUCUUGAGUAUAGUGUCCAGAUAGGAGAGUAUUGCAUCCUAGUGUGAGACUGGUGAGCACUGCAGGCAGGCAUUUUGUACAAUCAUUAUCAUACCAACUCAGAGGAAGGGGGAAAGCACCAUACUUAUACAGUAACUUGUCUAUAUGGUAUAACAACUUUACAGACUUGAUGGUCUGGGAAAAUGUAAUUAUUAACCAGAACAUUUUAUUUAAUGUGAUAGUUUACAUCUUUUAGAGUUAUUUUAGUGUCUACCUUUUGCAGCAACAGAAAAACAUUCAGAAGAAAUUCAGAGAAUUGCUGAAAAUUUCUGAAAAAAAAAAUUCAGAAGAAUUUCUUUAGGUUGGUAAUUUUUUAAAGUAAAAGUCACUUUAGGAAUCCUGAUUGCUGAGAUCUAAUAUGAAUAUAUUUUGAAGAGAUCUUACUAGGUUUAUGGACCAUAACAUCUCCAAAGAACAUGAAAUUUGAAGUUAAACCUCAAGUUCAUGUUUUUGUUAUUACCUCAUACAGAUUCUGAAACCUUGGUUUUUCCCACAUGUAAAAUACAUUCAUAUUAUUAUAUUUCUGUCCUCUGACUGUAUCAAAUUUAGAAUCUGCAAAUGCUAUUUCUUUCUACCCAAGGUUCUCAGCUGGGAUUUUCACAUUGUUUUCUCACUGUUUUGGCUUCAUCUCAGAAGACUUAUUCUCAGAGGUCUUACCUAACCAUUCUAGUCCAAGCAGACGACUGUUAUCCUUUCUAGUUUUUGUAGCAGUUCAUUUGUUCUAUAUUUGUUAUAUGUUCUCAUGAAGUUUCCAGUGUUGUUCUCUCUGCCUCACAUUCCCAUUGUAGUUCUCCAAAAUACUUGAUCCAGGAGGCUAUUACCUACCUCAUAGGCUUGUUAAGUCCCAGUAAAAUAAUUUUGUGUAAUAAACUUAAGUCCAGUUGUCCAGUUUUCCAUAUUUUUCCAUUUCCUGUCUAAAUUUUUGACAUAUUUAGCAUACUAAAUCCAGUCAUUAAUAAGAUAAUGUGUUUAUUUAUGCCUCCAAAUAACCCUUUGAAGUACAUAAUAUUAUCCUUAUUUUUACAGAUAAGUAAAUACUGUUAUCCUUAUUUUUACAUUACUGCCCUGUUACUUAACUUUAGCCAGAAUAAUAGCAGCUGUGGCCUGAGUCCUUUGUUUGUAUGUGGGUGUCACUAUUUGCCAGUCUCUUUUUUACACCCUUUCCCCUUUUAUUCCACCACUGGGUUGUGGUUGUUGUUGUUGUUAUUCCUGAACCAUACUCAGUGGUACUUGGGGCCAGUGCUUGGAAAAACAUGCAGUGCCAGGGAUCGAACCCAGGCCUCUUGCAUUCAAGCAAGACAUGGUCUCAGCCCAUGCUCUGACCAUAUUUGUUUCUGAUGACCAAGAAUCUCACUCUUGGGUAUAGUGCUCACACGAUUGUGGUGCUCUUCAGGAGUUGCACUUUUGAUGUGCUUGCUGAGGUGGUGUGGGGGUGGGGGUGUCUCAUUUUUUGUUGUGGCACCCUGAUAUACUUUAUUUUGCCUUAGGGAUCCUAAGCAGCAGAGCCUUUUGGAUUGCACAUAUGCAUAUCAUGUUGAGCCAGGGAUCAAACUUGAGGUCUCACAGGCCUUACCCUUGGAUGACUUGUAUUCUAUAAUUGAGCCAUCACUAGUACUUUUUGCAAGUCUCUUGAUCUUUCUGGGCCUCAGUCUUCAUUAGUAAAUUGGGGGGUGCUGAAUUUGAUAUUUUCGUUUUGUUUUUAAACUAGAAUAGAUAAUUUACAUUAGUCUUCACUUCUGUGUUUUACAGUUCUGAGCUCUGACAGAAAUGUAUAGUGUGUAUUCACCAUUGCAGUAUCAUAAUUUAACCACCCUAAAAAUCCCCUGGACUCCAGCUGUUCAUACCUCCCUUUUACUCCCUGGCCCUCUUAAUAGCCACCAAUCUUUUUUGCCUUUCCUAUGUCUUAUGGUUAGAAUCAUACAGGAUGUACCCUGUUCAUUAGUUUUUUCUUUAAUGAACUGUUCUUUUGCUGUUAUAUUUUAGAAGUCAUUGCUAAUCCUAGUCAGCAGAUUUUUUUCUACAUAUAGCAAUAUGCAUUCAUGGUUCUUUUAUGCCUUCUAAUGGGUUGAUUGUUAAUUUCUAUUUUCUUCCCUUUUUUGUAUCUAAUUUUAUUUAUAUGUUGAAGAUGUUUUUUUGGUUUUAUUUAUUGUAUUUUUAUUUAAGCACAUAAUUUACAGUAAUAGUGUUUGUUUCUUAUAUUGGUCUUUUUUAUUGUUCAUUUCUUUUUAUUUCAUGACCAUAUCACAAUUUAUCCAUUUGCAUCUUUAAGGACAUCUUGGUUGCUCCCAGCUUUGGGCAAUAAUGAAUAAAGCUGCUAUACAUAUUUUUGUGUAGGUGUUUUUUGUGGGUUGUGUGUGUGUGUGUGUGCCUAUAAGUUUUCAUUUCACUUAAAUUGAGAUAGUAAUAUGAUUGCUAUAUUUUGUGGAAAUCGGUUUAGCUUUUUUCCAAGGUGGCUAUAACAUUGACAUUUGUACCAGCAGUGAAUAAGCACUCUGGUUGUUCCACAACCUCUCCAGCUUUUGGCAUGGCCAGUGUUUUGGAUUUUAGCCAUUCUGGUAGCUAAAUAGUGGUAUCUCAUUUUAAUUUGCAGCUCUCUGAUGACCUUUAAUAUGAAGUAUCUUUUCAUAUACCUAUUUGCUCUGCUUAUAGCAAAUAAGUGAGGUAUCUGUGUAGAUCAUUUACCCAUUUUUUAAUUAGAUGGUAUGGCUGAUUUUCUUAUUUUUAUGAGUUCUUUAUAUAUUUUGGAUACCACUCUUUAAGUUUCUCCCAGUGUACAAUAUCUCUUCAUUCUCUUAACAACUUGAGAUUUUAGUGAAGAAAAGGUACUAGUUUUUUCUUUAAAACGGUUCUUUUGCUGUUAUAUUUUAAAAGUCAUUGCUAAUCCCAGUCACCAGAUUUUCUACAUUAUCAUUUAGAAAUUUUAUAGUCAUAUAUUACACAAAUAAUUUUGUAAUU